AACCCUCCAGAGAGAGACAUUGGACCAUCCGCCCAGAAGAAGGCAGGCAAAGAGAAGCACCGGAAGAUGGAGAAGCUGGUCUAUUUUGGGGUCUGCCUCCUGGGCUGCCUGGCCUUUUGCCCCACAGCGGAAGGUGCCAGGAAUCGGUCCCUGGCUCUCCCUCGGUCCCGAUGUCCUCCUGGGGCCUUUUACUUCCAGAAGAUGUGCUAUGAAUAUCUGAAGGAAUCUGCUUCAUGGCAGGAUGCAGAAGUGUCCUGCCAGUAUUGGCGAAAGGGUAACUUGGCUUCCAUUCUGAAUGAAGUAGAGGGAGCCGUAAUUUCCUCUUACGCGAAGAGUGUAAGCUCUGAGAAGACUGCUUGGAUAGGUUUGAAUGCCAUAACACUACCCGAGAAGCUCUUCUGGAUGUGGAGCGAUGGCUCUGAAUACAUACCUGGCUCUCAACUCUGGGACAAACGAACUCCGGACACCAUGAUCUCAGACAACAAAUGCAUCACCCUCAUCAAUCUGCAGAAACCUAACGAAAAAUCCAGAUGGAAGCAGACUUGUUGCUCCGAUAAAAGAAACUACAUUUGCAAGUACAAGGCUGCAUUCUAGCCCCAAAGCGAGAGCAGAGGAGAGGAAGGCCGCCCCUGUCAAGGCUCCGGCAGCAAGAACUGCAGCUCUCUUUCCAAUCCCAGCUACGACUUCCUUUUUCAAAGCAUGCUCAAUAGUUCCCUGCCUUCCUCUCUCAAAGGAGAUGUGCUUUCGAUUCCUGCUCCCACUCCAAUCAACCCAGCUUGCUUUGUAAGUCCUGCUCAGAGAAGGCGAAUCCCAGGGCCAAGUCAUCACUUGUCAAGUCAUGAAAUCUCCGGCGGCAGAUGUGUGCCAUCUUCAAAUGGAGAACUUCCCACCCGAAUGAGUCUGAAAUCCAAAUUUUGUACAUAAGAAUAAUUUGUGUUUUAUGAAAUGAUGGCACUGAGGAAGGAGACUAAGUCUCUUAAAAACGCACACCUUUGUCUGUCGUUUUCCAUGUGAAAAUAAGAAGAAAGCAAGAAAAUCAGAAAGCAAAUGAAGCAGAUGGGUGGGUUGUGGUGUUGACUUUCUGGUCAGUUUUGGUCUUCUUUUAUGUUUCUCUUCCUUCUGUCACUAAGAUAAUAAUAAAUUCUUUUC